UAUUCGUACGAGGUGGACGCGUGUUUGAGCUCCUUUGUGCUAAUUAGUAGUAACGAAGAUAUAGUUCGCGCAGCGACACCGCGUGCCCAUUCACUUGGGACGAAACCGGUUCGCCGGUUGUUCGAGUGCAGUUAUUAUGAAUCAUGAGUUGAGUGACGAUGCAAACGAUGGAGGAUCGAGUAAUAGUUCGUUAAUCGAACAUGAGGUAGAUCAACGUCGAGAAGAAGAUACAAUGCAAAUUGAGAUAAGUAACAAUGCAAAACCUGAAAAAAGGGAAAGAGAUGGGUCCGAUACAGAAUGGCAGGAAGUAAGAAAGGAUAAAAAGUUUAAAGAAUGCGAUAAAGUAGAAGUUUAUAUUUCAUGGAAUGAAGAACUACCUAAGCAGUUUGCACUAGCCAAACUGCUCAAACAAGAGGGUAUUAAGGAUAUAAACAAAGUAAAAUAUAUUAAUAAGUUCAGAGUACGCAUUGAAUUUAGUAGUAAUUUAAGUGCAUUCAAGUUAGAACAAUGCAAAUCAUUUGUCGAUAAAGGGUGGAGAUUUCAACGAGCUAUGGAGAAAAACUACUCGUAUGGCGUAAUAAAAGAUGUAGAUAUGGAUAUCUCUGACGAGGAAAUAUUAAAAAGAAUUGUGUGCCCAAAUGCAGUCCCUCUAGUAUCAGCACGUCGCCUCAAUAAACGAAAUAGAGAUAAAAAUACUAAUGAGGGUACAUGGCUUAAGAGUGAGGCAAUUCAACUUUGCUUUAAAGGCCCCAGUAUUCCAGCCUAUAUUUAUGUUGACGAGUUACGAAUAAACGUAGAUCCAUACAUAUUCCCAGUGACGCAAUGUACUAGGUGUUGGAAGUUCGGUCAUUCAAUGAAAACAUGCACGUCAAAUAAAAUCGUAUGUCCAAAAUGUGGAGAAAAUCACGCCAAUUGUGAGACUAUAAGUUUUAAAUGUGUCAAUUGCAAAGGAAGCCAUAUGGCCUUGACUAAAACGUGUCCUGAAUUCCUCAAGGAAAAGAAGAUCAGAGAUUUAAUGGCAGAAUUCAAUUGUACCUACCGUAAAGCCUUAUCAAUAUACGUGCCUCCUGACAUUCCUUCAGAGACAUCAAAAGACGAUAUAAUACCAAAUGAAUACAUAAAAUCGCCCUUGCCAAAAUCCCAUUACAUUUCUCCUUCUUACGCAGGUAGCACACCCACUUUUGCUGAUAUUGUCAAAAUAAAUACUAAAGCAGUUAUUCACAAGGAAGACUUGCCCUCCCCAGCUACCCAUGUAUUGAAAAAACAAGCAAAGACAAAUCUAAAAGAAACACAUGAUAUUAUAGAAGACAACAGUUACAAUACAACAUUAGAGACACCAAAAAAUGAGAAAGAAAACAAACAAAAAGACGUUAAUUUUGUUGAGCUACUAUCGAGAUUGAAGGAGAUAAUAUUUUUAAAGAAUGUGUCUUAUCAAACGAAAUUUUAUAGAAUUAUGAAAUCCUGCGUUGAGUGGGUAAUUUUAGUGGUAGUAGAUAACAUAGCAGAUUGGCCUAUACUUAAAAAAAUCUUUGACUUUGUUAAUGGCUAAAGGUAACAAACAAUGUAAGAUUAAUAUUAUUCAGUGGAAUUGUCAAAGCCUGCAACCAAAAGUAUUAUUGUUAGAAAACUUUUUACUACAAGAAAAGAUACACAUUGCUGCCUUAAGUGAAACGUGGUUGGAGCCGGAAACCUGUAUUAAGAUAAGUGGAUACAAUAUUUUUCGUAGUGACAGAAAUGAUGGAUAUGGAGGUGUAGCCAUAGUUACACAUUCAUCAAUAAAAGCCCAGCUACAUAAAAUGAAACUUAAAAAUUCUAGGGUAGAAACUAUUUGGGUCAAAAUACACAAUUGUCGAGAUGUAGAAAAUAUAGUUUCGGUUUACUGUCCUCCAGGUGUUACUACAACACAAAAUGAUUGGGACGAAUUGUUAUCAAUUGACAGUAAAAAUACAAUUAUGUUAGGAGAUUUUAACGGACACCAUAGCAACUGGUCAUAUAAAUCAGACUGUAGGGGCAAGCAAAUUUUCGAUACGAUAAUAGAUCAUGACUUUAUAAUAUUAAAUAAUGGCGCACCUACUCGUGAAAAAUUCGUCAACGGGACACUCCAACAAUCUUCUCCGGAUUUAUCUUUAAUAUCAUCUGACAUAGCAAUUAGGUUUGAUUGGAAAACUUUUAAUGAAACACUGGGUAGUGAUCAUUACAUAAUCAAAUUAUCUACAUAUAUUGAGACAAUUCAAGAUAAUAUAAUUCGUAGAAACUUUAAAAAAGCAGACUGGGAGACUUAUACACUAACAUUAACCAACCUCUUUGAUAAUUUCAAGUUUGUAGACAAUUUACAAGCGAACUACGAUCAGUUUAUAGGAAACAUUAAUAUGGCAGCGGACCUAUGUAUACCGAUUUUCAAAAUUAAUGAAAACCCAUGCACAUCAUUUGCACCAAAACCAUACUGGAACACUGAAUUGUCAAAAUGUGUUGCAGAACGGCGAUUAGCCUUGUCAUCCUUUAGACGUAACCCUACCCCUCAGAAUCUAGAUAAGUUGCAAACUAAAAUAGCUGUUUCCCAGAAGAUUAUGCGUAACGCUAAAAGUAGUACAUGGCAAUCCUUUUGCUCGUCAUUAGAUGAAUUGUCUUCACCAAGUGAUGUAUGGAGGAAAAUGAAGUGGCUUAAAGGUUGUAAAUUCAAUAAAGACUAUGUUGACCAAACAAGAGCUAAUCAACUACUACAUAAUUUGGCACAGGAUUUUGUUAGACCCCUAGAACCAUCAUUUUGUUCAAAGAACCCGAAGUUAGAAGCAAAAAUUUCCUAUCAGGAACUAGAAAAAGCAAUUCGCUCUAAAGACACCUCGCCUGGUCAUGACGACAUCUCUUAUUCUAUGAUAAAGAACCUUCCACUGAAUGGCAAACAAAUAUUAGUUGCUAUAUAUAACCAAUUCCUCUCGGUUGGUUUUGUACCUGAACAAUGGCGCGACAUAAUGAUUGUGCCAAUCCCAAAGCCUGGUCGUGAUCCGAACAGCCCAUCAUCACUAAGACCAAUCUCAAUGAUCUCUUGUGUAUGCAAAGUUUUUCAUUCCAUCCUAAUGAAAAGAUUAGAGUGGUUUAUAGAAAAACAUAAUAUUCUAUCAGAAGAGACAACCGGUUUCAGAAAAUUUCGUUCGACCGUAGAUAACCUUAGCAGAUUAAUAUUAAAAAUACAAUCAGGAUUCUCAAGAAAACAGUCUACAUUAGGAUGCUUCAUAGACAUAAAUGACGCCUAUAAUAACAUAGAUAUUGUUGCUUUAUUAAAUAUUAUGGAUCGAAUAGGAUUAGGAGACAAAAUUUGUACUUAUAUUUGGAAUUAUCUUAAGGAAAGAAACCUAAAAAUUAAAAUAAACAACAAAGUAAUGGGCCGUACUUCGGGUCGGGGAUUGGCACAGGGUGACCCACUGUCGCCACUAUUGUUUAAUAUAGCAACUAUGUCUAUAUGCAAACGCAUAACAUCGGUUAGUGUAUCACAAUACGCUGAUGACUUUGCUUUUUUCACUACGGGCAGUGACAUUUCUGAAUUAAUUAACAAAUUACAACUAGCUUUAGAUAAAAUAACAUGCUUACUUGCUGAUUUAGGUCUAGAGAUUUCUACAACGAAAAGCAAAGUCUGUAUCUUUAAAAAUGGUUAUAGGAAGGAAUAUGUGGAAAUAAAGAUUAAUAACAUUUCCCUCCCGGUGGUAGAUAAUGUUAAAUAUUUGGGAAUAUGGCUUGAUCGCGCUUUAAGAUGGGGAAAGCAUAUUAAUGAGCUGCGAGAUAAAGUUCUAAGACAGACAAAUAUUUUUAAAUGCUUAAUAGGUCCAAAUUGGGGUGUACAUCCGGUUCAUUUGAGGCGAUUAUAUAUAUCACUUAUUAGAAGCAGGUUAGACUAUGCAAGUUUCUUAUAUGAUAGCGCUAGUCACACGCAACUAAGUAAAUUAGAUAAAAUACAGAACUUGAUAAUGAGGUUAGUUGGCGGAUUCAUCAAAACUACGGCUAUACAUGUCAUGGAAAACGAACUUCAUCUUCAACCGUUGUACAUUCGUAGAUAUUAUUUGGCAAGUAAAUAUUGGCUUAAGACAAAGGCUUAUGAUAGAGAUUUAACCAUACCUUUAUUGGAUGAACUAGAGGAUAUCUAUAAAAAGAGAUGUAAUAAUAACCUACGAAAAAAGCCACUAUUAGUACAGGUUCACGAAUGCCUUAAAACUAAAGAUAUCUACAUUAGUCCACAAUUUGAAAUGUUCUCGUUAAACACUUGGGUCAGCAAUGUGGAUCUAUCGCAAACAAUUAGAGUAAAUGUGGAGUUAAUACAUAAAGCCAAAAAACACUAUAUCCCUUAUACUCUCAAUCAAAUGUGUAAAAAAUAUAAUGAACAACAUUUCCAUAGUUAUUGUAAAAUUUUUACCGAUGGUUCCAAAGAUAAAAGUGGGGUUGGCGCAGCGUUCUUAGAUCCUAAUUCAAAUACUCAUGUAAAGCUAAAAAUCAAAUGCAAUGUUAAUAUCAUGUACGCGGAACUGAUAGCAAUAUCAGAAGCUUUGUCAUAUAUUAAGUCUUUAGAAAGCGGUAAUUAUGUUGUUCUCACUGAUUCUAAAAGCGCACUGCAACAUCUGGCUCGAUGUACCUCGAGCAGUCGUGGAACACCGAUAGCCUACAACAUUAUAAGAUCUUUAGACGAAUUAAGCAGGCAGAACAAGAACUUGAUACUGCAGUGGAUACCUGCCCAUACUGGCUUGAUUGAAAAUGAGAAGGUAGAUCAGUUGGCGAAAGAAGCCAUAUCCGAUGGAAUUGAAUACCAAUGUUCCCCUUACUUUACUGAUCUCUUACUGGAUACUAAGAUUCGAUGUAUUAACAUGUGGACAGAAUAUUUCGAUCAAAGGUCUUUAUCAAAAGGUAUUUGGUAUAAAACAAUCCAACCAAAAAUUCAUAAACUUCCAUGGAUUGAUCAAGCCGAUAUGUGCAGAGCUGAAAUAGUUAUGGCUUUAAGGCUUCGCUCAGGACAUAUUCCAUUGAAUAGCUUUGCAUACUUAAUGGGAAAAGUAGAUUCUCCCAAUUGCUCACUGUGUGGUAUAGUAGAAGACGUCCAUCAUAUUCUAAUGGAAUGUGCCCGAGGCAGUCAAGAAAGAGAUCAAGUUUUCCCAUAUCCUGAUUUUAUAGUCGGUAAGUGCAACAGUAUCUUAGCCGCUCCUUUCUCCAAAAAAGCAAGAUUACUAUAUAAAUUAGCUAAAAUAAUUAUAGUUAAUAGAUAGAUAUAUUCGAUAUUAAGAUUAGCUAGUAAGGUGUAAAUGUUUCCCGAUGAGGGUGGCAUAAUCACUGCGUGAUUAAACCCUCUUUAAUAAAUAAAGAAAAAAAAAAAAAAAAA